GCGUCUGGCGUAUUGUGUGCCAUUACUAUUUGCCGCGCCAUAAUCAACUGUUUUUUGUUUUGACAGCUAAGCUGUGGGGAGAGAGUUAGCGAAACUUUGUUGUUAUUUGUUGUAUAAUUUCAGUAGUCAGUGGCACAGGAGGAGUAAAGAAUUUCCAAAAAUGUUGCGUCAAGCCUUGAAUGCAUCCCGAACUUUGGUACGCGGCCGUGGUUUCAACACAUCGCCACAACUUAAGCAGGGUAUCAAUAACCACGAACCCAAUGGUCUGGAAAAACGUUUUUUGGUAUGGACUGGCAAAUUCAAGAGUGUCGAUGAGGUUCCCAAUUUUGUAAGUCGCGAUGUCAUGGAACGUUGCCGCAACACAAUCCGUAUUCGUUUGGCCAACAUUAUGAUGGCCCUGACCGUUAUCGGCUGCGGCAUUAUGGUCUACAGUGGCAAGGAGGCCGCCAAGCGUGGUGAAUCGGUUACCAAACAAAAUCUCGACUGGCACAAGCAGUAUAAUGAGAAGUAUGCUGGCAAAGAAGCAAAGGAAUAAAGGAGGUGCCUACCAGAACUAGAAGUUGAAAGUAUAUUUUUUAUAUUUAGAUACUCACUCUCAUUGUAUAUAAUACAAAUGCGCUGUUAUCUUUGUUUCGAAAAAAAAAGUUAUACAAAUAAAUGUCGAAAACGUGUGCUUAGAAUGAGAACGAAA